CCGGCGGGCUGGCGGCGGUGGCGGGCUGAGGCGGCCGAAGGUCCGAGGGGCGGGAGCCGGCGGCAUGCCCCGGUAUUACGAGGACAAGCCCGAGGGCGGCGCGUGCGCCGGCGUGAAGGAGGACCUGGGCGCCUGUCUGCUGCAGUCGGACUGUGUGCUCCAGGAAGGAAAAACUCCUCGGCAAUGUUUGAAGGAAGGAAGUUGCAAAGCUUUGCAGUAUUCAUUUUUUGAAUGUAAAAGGUCAUCGCUGGAUGCCAGAGCAAGAUUCAGAGGAAGAAAAGGAUACUGAUACCAUUAUGUUGACACCAAGGUGGAGGGAUUUCUCUGCGGUCACUGCAGGCACCCCGCGAGAGGGAGCACGCUGCUGGCUCUGUCUGCCGCGUUCACCUGGCAGCUGCCCGCCAUGGAAAACCGGGCAUCUGGAUGAGCCCUGGUUUUGAAUAAGUGUAAAUAAAGAUUGUCUUGCUUUCAGCUAGUUUUAGAAGAAAAGGUUUAACUGAGCGAUUAUGGGCACAUAGUAAAUGUGUCUUGAGAAUUGUUAGAACAUUCUUAGAAAGCACAGUUAGUGGAAAGGUUGGUAUUUUUGAACUUGACUCUUGGAUCAAAUGACACAAUUUGUACAAUUUGUGAAUAUGAAAGAGAUCACUGGUGGGGCUACUGUAAUCAGUAACGUGGAGCCUGGAGAGAAAAUGUCUAACAGGAAAGCGUAGGCUAAAACUUUCUUUUCUCUUAUGUAAUCUGCCCUACCUCGUUUUAAAAUAAAGUCAAUUGUGUUUGAUUCCUCGGAGAAA